CUGCACUCUGCUGUCAGUGGAUCAACAUGGCGUCGGGGUACAUACUAAAUCGUGGUGUGCUAACAUUAGGGAUUCACUGCCAGCGUGCUUGCAGAAAUGUGUCAUUAUCACAAGUCAGAGAGAAGAAGCGGUGGAUGAAAGCGUACACAUACCUGAUGGCAAAGAAGCUAAAGCUCGAAGGACCUCCGCCGCCGAAGCCACGGUCCCAACAGCCUCACUGGGAUUACCAUGCUGAGGUCCAGUCUUUCAGCACCCGCCUCCAGGAGAACUUCUCCCUCGACCUACUGAAAACAGCCUUCAUCAACCCCUGUUACCUGCAGGCAGAGCAAGAGAGGAGAAAAGGGUUAGGUGUGGACUCUGAGACCACCGCUCUUGUUCUGAAAGAUAAUAUUCAGCUGAGUGAAAAGGGAACGAGCUUUGUCAAAAGCUUCCUUACCGACUGGUGCAGAGCAAGCUUUCCCAGCCUGCCGGGUGAGGGGGUGGAGGGUAUUGUAGGGCACCUCACCAGUCCAGCAGUUGUGACUUAUGUUGCAAGAAAUCUUGGAAUUGAAGACCUAACAAUGAGUGCAGAAUUUCCUGUUCCCGAUGAUGUGCUCUAUUCUACAUUCAUGGCAGUGAUUGGAGCUCUACAGGAAAGCAGUGGAGCACAGCGAACCGGAUUAUUUCUCAGGGAUUUCCUGGUGACUGAGCUGAUAGGAAAGGAUCUCUUUGAUAUGUGGACUGUAGUCAACCCCAUGGGACUGCUGGUGGAGGAGCUUAGUAAGAAGAAUGUUCCUUUGCCAGAGCCUCGUCUCAUUCGGUCUGCUGGAGCCAGCACCGUCCUGCCACUGUACUUCGUUGGCUUGUACAGUGACAAGAAGCUUCUGGCUCAAGGUCCAGGAGAAACAGUUUUAGCAGCUGAGGAGGAAGCAGCUCGUGUGGCCCUCCGCAAACUUUAUGGCUACACAGAGAACCGCAAACCCUUUGACUUUUCUCCACAACAUCAGCAUCAACAGCCAUUAAUUCAAUCAGUCAGCAGCAAUUAAAGAAGUGGCAAAUGCUGAGGCAAAAAUUAUUUAAAGAGGGUGCAGUUGGACAGAAAUCUCAUUUGAAGACUACAGGCUUUGCAUAAAUUGUAGAGAAAAAAUGAAAUAAAAAGGGCGCCACCAUUUACCUUAUUAAAAUUUAGUGCUGCUGUUCCCUUGUCAGAUCCCAUUCUCGUGGUUAUUUAAAUGCCAGUUCCGCCAGACAAAGGAGAGAUACAUCAGCCCUUUUGUCCAAAUAAAAAUGGCUUUGUUGUAAGAGCCUGCCUUCCACUUCAAUAGACAGAUUAAUCAGUUUUGAGCAGAUCUGAUUACAUUAAGAGUCCAGUUAGCAUGUAGCUUAUUCUAGCUAAUAACCUACAGAUUCAACAAUCUAUUACACAAAAUAGCCCCGAUAUGUGAUUGUGCCCUUGUAAACAAUACAACUGCCAUUUGAUUUACUUUAUAUUCUGUUAUUUGUCUGUAAUAAAAGGUAUAUGAGUAUGUGUA